AUCUUUGGUCUAAGGCAGCAGCUUUUGCCUCCGCUGCCUCUUUCCAUCCUGCACACCCAGUGCAGAAGCAAAGCUGCCCUGGGAGGUGAGGAGAGACCGGGCAGCAUUCCCUGCUGGAGACUGAGGGGAAACGUCCCGAAGUGGCUGCCGCAGUGUAGGGAAGGGUGGAGCCGGCAGAGGGAACAUUUCCCUGCCUGGCCUGGGGCGGAGGGAGGGCUUGGAGAGGCAGGGCUCGCAAGACCCUGGGCCGGGUGCCUGCCUCUGGUUUUACUUUCGGUUCUCCGCUCUCGCUGCAGCCAUGGCCAAAGCUCGGGAGGGAUGUGGAGGGGCUGGCAGCCUGGAGGCCGAGCUCACCUGCCCCAUCUGCCUGGAGCUGUACGAGGAGCCGAUGUCGCUGAGCUGCGGCCACAACUUCUGCCGGCCGUGCAUUGAGGAGGCGCUGUACUCGCAGUGCCUCUGGACCUGCCCCACAUGCAUGGCCGACCUGGGUGUCACCUUGGAGCUACAGAGCAACUUCAAGCUGGGCAACAUCGUGGAGGCAUUUAAGGCCACCACUUCCAAAGGACAGCAGGCUCGAAGAGAAAGCCUCCAGCAGGACGAAGGCGCCGAGAAGGAGAAGACGGACGUGGUUCCCUGUGAGCAGUGCCUGGAUGGGCCCCAGCCGGCCGUGAAAACCUGCCUGAUUUGCGAGGCGUCCCUGUGCCAGGCCCACCUGAGCAAACACAACGCCAGGGAUUUCCAUCAGGAACACAUCCUGGUGGAGGUGGGAACAGGCAAGGCGGAGGAGAGGAGGUGCCGGGAUCACGGCAAGCUGCUGGAAUGUUACUGCCUGAGGGAGGAGAGGUGCAUCUGCGUGCUCUGCUCCGUGGCCGGCGACCACAAGGGCCACGAGGUCAUCACCAUGAAGGAGGGACACGACGAAGAGCUGGUUAAACUCUCCAACACCAUGACAGACCUGCAGGAAUCUAAAAGUGAUUUAGUUACUGCCUUAGAAGAGCUUCAGGAAAGUGAGAAUCAGAUCAAGAACAAUGCCAAAACUCUGACUGCUGACCUAAAACAGCUGUUUAAAACUAUAAAGGCAGAGCUUGAUAAGAAACAGAGGAUGAUCCUGAGUGACAUUCAGUCUUACGAGGAAGAAGACCUGGCAGUCGUUGCCAACACAAGGAAAGAAAUGGAACAGAAGAGAGACCAGGCUGAGCAGAAUCUUCAGGCUUUGCAGAUGAUUAAAGAGCAACCAGAUAUUUUCCUCUUCUUCAGAGAUCUGAAAGUGGUUACAGACAGCCCUCUGCUCUUUGCAGACUCUGUCCUAGUGAAGAAUUCUGUUACCUUUGGAUGCUGGAUGGUUUUCCUUGGUGCAAUGACUCUGUGCCCUAGGAUUGCGAGUCUGGAUCUGGUCACUGAGAAUGUGAAGGUGGAGGAAGUGCAGCUGAAUGACAUACUGAUGACCCGGUACGAAACCCAGAAAAUGAAGUUUUUGUUGCACCUGGACUAUCUGCUGGAUGACAUCCGCGAUCAAAAUCGCCAAGUAAAUAAAGAGGAACAGCGAGGCUUGCCCUACUGAUACCUCUCCAGAAUGGAGCGUAACCUCAGGGCACAGCUCUCCACAUCUGCACUGGGCAGAAAUCUCUGGGAACUCACCAUGGAAAUCAUUUAUCCUCGGCCUGAGGGAGACACUGGGUUUGCUUCAGCACUCAGGAAAACUCUGAACCUGUUCCAAGGAAAGACCACGGAGGGGUUCCCACCAGCUGGGCAGGAGCUGGAGCAAACCCAGUACCUGAAAAGGUUCCCUAGAUAAAUCCAAAUGCUGCAGGAGAUAUGAAAAGUGUGAACAAUAUUUCUCUGCAGAUAGCACUACUCCAGUGCUCAAAUCUGCUGGGCACAGCAGGGCAUCUUUUCACCAAGCUUUUUAAAAUAAAUGUUAUUUAGAAGUUAUACAAAAGAUUUUUUUUUAAUUAUUCUUUUAAUUGCUGCAACUGAAGUUCAGUUUGCAAAUUAUUAUCUUCUUAAUUUGUAAAUUGAAAAGAAAAUCUUACUUUCUUCACUGCAUUUUAACUUUUGGAGCAAAUAUAGAGGUAUAUUUUUUAAUCAGUGCAUAUGUCCAUUAAUUUGUCUUGUGAGCUCAGUCAGUGGCUGUGCUCUACACAGAACCAGACAGUCACUCAAAACACAUCAGGGAGAAAGAAAUAUUUUUUUUCUGAGACAAGGCAAUGCUCUACUUGGAAGCGGCUUGUCAAAUAUGUUAUAAAAUAUUACUUUUUUUUACAAAAAGUGAAACUUUUUCAUCUUGUUUAUUCCUACUGCAGGAAAACAUUGUUGAGAAGGAGCAACAUACAUUUGACAAUUUUGAUUCUCUUAGGUCCAGAUGUAAAGGAGAUGUGAAAAACAGAUGUCAGAACUGAGAUGGAAAGAAAAACCUAAAUAUUAUCCAAAAUUACCUCUAGUAAUGAGAACCUGCCACGUGUUUUGAUCUCCCCUCCCACCUUGAAUUCAAAUAAAUCCUGUAACAUAUGACAAUUUUUUGUAAGUACUAAGAAUUAAUAAUAAAAUCUCCAACUGCUGCUGCAUUGCAAACUGUG